AAAACAGAAUCGCACGGCUCCCCGGCAGAAACUUGUUUACCAGCGAGAUAAGGCCAGAACCGUUGGGUCACAAGCAUCGCCUCUGAUAAGGAGUGGUUUGCCCGAGUAUUCCGAUUGAGUUCAUACGAUUUAUAAUUUAAUUAUGGCAGACCCCCAGAAUCCAAUCCCGAAUCCAACCUCAGUUCUAGAGCGGGACCAAUUUGCAGCCUUUUCGAAAAUGACUCCACUGCCCCGUGUUGAUAUUGACCAGCCCAAAUAUGACCAGAGCACUUAUGUGGGCAGGGCAAAGCAUUUCUUGCUUGUUACCAAUCCGCUCAACGUGCUGGCCACCAACACGAAGCUGGAGCAGGCCCGCCAGAUCGUGUUGAAGUACAGAGCCGGCAAGGAGGUGACUGAGUGCCGAACGAUUGAGGAUGUGUGGAAAGCAAAGUACCUGUAUGAUUCGGCCUUUCACCCGGAGACGGGAGAUAAGCAAAUCAUAAUUGGCCGCAUGUCGGCUCAAAUGCCCAUGAACAUGCUGAUCACUGGCGGAAUGAUGGCUUUUUACAAAAGCACGGGCGCUGUUGUCUUCUGGCAGUGGAUGAAUCAAACCUUCAACGCCAUUGUCAACUACACAAACCGCUCGGGUACUUCGCCCCUCAGCAACUCGCAACUAUUGACCUCGUACUGCCUGGCCACCGGCGGAGCACUGGCCACGGCGCUCUCUCUCAAUCGGGCCGUAAAGAACAUGAAUCCACUGGUGGGUCGUAUGGUGCCUCUCGUAGCUGUGGCCGCCGCCAACUGCAUAAACAUUCCCUGCAUGCGAAUGCAGGAGAUUCGCAACGGAGUCGUAUUGCUGGAUGAGAAGAACGCCGAGGUGGGCGUGUCCAAGAAGGCCGCUUGUGUUGGCAUAUCGGCGGUAAUAGUGAGUCGAAUCUGCAUGGCCCUGCCAGGAAUGACCUUGACUCCGAUGCUCAUGAACUUGCUUGAAAGGAGGGGCUUCCUAGCCAAAUACCCGAAAUCGAAUGCUCCUAUCCAAACCCUAUUCUGCGGUUUCGUGCUCAUAUUUGCCACACCACUGGGCUGUGCGUUCUUCAAACAGCGGGCUGCCAUCAAGGUGGCAAGCUUGGAACCCGAGGUGCGCGAUAAUAUUGAGAAGAAACGUCCCGAACUAGACACCGUCUGGUACAACAAGGGCUUGUAAGCCGCCCAACUACGAGCUUAUAGAAGACAAUAUCUUGGUUAAGACUUUUAUUUAUUUACUCAUUGUGCAUUUAGCAGGCAUUUUUCUUUUUUUGUUGACAAAUAUACCUAAAGAUCAGAUAAGGGAUCGUCUCUUCGCAUGGCGUUUAAAGUUA